AUGUCUGGUUCAACACACGGAAUUCAAAUUGCCAUUGAUAGAGGUGGUACCUUCUGUGAUGUUAUUGCUAAAAUCCCAGGACAAGAAGACUAUGUAUUCAAAUUAUUAUCUGUUGAUCCUCAAAAUUAUAAGGAUGCACCUACUGAGGGAAUUAGAAGAGUGUUAGAAAAGGCAACGGGGGAAAAGAUUCCCAAAGGUCAAAAAUUAAAAUUGGAUCAGAUUCAGAGUAUUAGAAUGGGUACCACAGUUGCAACAAAUGCAUUGCUUGAAAGAAAGGGUGCACAUGUUUUGCUUGUGACCACUAAAGGGUUUAAAGAUGUUUUGGUUAUUGGAAAUCAAACUAGACCACACAUAUUUGAUUUGACAGCUAAAAAGUUGGGACAUUUAUAUGAUCAAGUAUUGGAGGUGGACGAAAGAGUAACAAUUGCGGGAUUCUCUGAAGGUGGUGGUGAUAAGUUAAAGAUUGAUGUUAAUUCAGACCCUGAGUUGAAAGAAAGUUUGACUGGAGAUAUCGUUAGGGUUAUUAAGGAGCCUAACUAUGAAAAAGUUGGCGAAGAUUUACUCAAGAUAUAUCAUGAAGGAAAAAUCAAGACAAUUGCUUUGUCAUUACUUCAUUCUUACUGUUAUCCAAUUCACGAGGCUAAAAUUGCAUCUAUUGCAAGGUCAAUUGGUUUUGAUGUUUCUGUCUCUCAUCAACUUCAACCAAUGUUAGGUUUCGUUAAUAGAACUUCGUCAACUGUAGCGGAUGCUUACCUUAGCCCAGUAAUCAAUGAAUAUGUUUCUAAUUUUGGUGAAGGUUUUGAAGGUGGGUUAGAUGCAUUUGGCAACAAAUUGUUGUUUAUGCAGUCAAACGGUGGUUUGUGUCCGUGGUAUAAAUUCACGGGACUUAAAGCGAUUUUGUCAGGACCUGCCGGGGGUAUUGUCGGAUAUGGUGAAACCUGUUUUGAUGAUGUCUCCAAGAAAGCUACAAUUGGUUUUGAUGCUGGUGGCACAUCCACCGAUGUGUCAAGAUAUGCAGGUAAUUUUGAUCUCAUUUACGAAACUGUUGUUAGCGAAGUUAGUUUGCAAACACCUCAGUUGGAUAUUUCCACUGUAGCUGCUGGAGGUGGAUCUAUGUUAUUUUGGAAGAAUGGUAUGUUUGUCACGGGCCCCGAAUCUGCGGGUUCUGAUCCCGGUCCAGCAUGUUACAGAAAAGGUGGUCCACUUACUGUCACUGAUGCUAAUUUAUUCUUAGGUAGGCUAUUACCAGACUUUUUUCCAAAAAUUUUUGGUCCUAACCAAGAUCAGCCAUUAGACUAUGAGUUAACUGCUCAAAAGUUUAAACAAUUAACUGAAGAGAUUAACAAAGAUAAAGCUUCUGAAGGUAUCGCAUUGACUCCUGAGGAAGUCGCUAGUGGGUUUUUAAAAGUUGCCGUAGAAUCAAUGGCUAGACCAAUUAGAAAUUUAACUGAGGCAAAAGGUUUUGAAACUUCUCAACAUAAUUUAGCAAGUUUUGGGGGUUCUGGUGGCCAAUUUGCGGUUUCCUUGGCCAAAAAUUUAGGGAUUUCAAAUGUUGCAAUCCAUAAAUAUUCCUCAUUAUUAUCUGCAUAUGGAAUUCAAUUAGCUGAUAUUGUGAUUGAGAAACAAUUACCAACAUCCUUUACAUACUCCAAGGAUAAUUUUGUAUCAAUUGAUGGAAUAAUCAAACAGUUGGUCGACCAAGCAUUUGCAGAUUACAAAGAUCAAAAUUUGACAAACUUUGAAACUGAAUUAGAAAUUUUGUUAAACAUGAGAUAUGUUGGCUCCGACACGCAUUUGCUUAUUCCGGUCACACGAGGAGAGUAUGAUGCCGAUACGAAGUUCAUUGCUAGGCAUAAGUCUGAAUUUGGGUUUAAUUUGGACAGAAAUGUUAUUGUGGACGAUGUACAAGUCCUUUUACAUGUUCAAUCAGACGAUAAAGAGGUGGGGAAUCCAUUUGAAGAACUUUCGAAACUUCAAACUAGAGAACUUGUGGAGCCAUCUAACAUUCAGAAAAAUAUUUACUUUGAAUCAUUUGGAUGGUUAUUGUCGAAUGUUUACUUGUUGCCUGAUAUGCAGAAGGGUAAAAUAAUUGAAGGACCUGCUAUUAUUAUUGAUGAUACUCAAACUAUAUUAGUCGAGCCUCGUUCAAAGGCAGCAAUCUUGUCAAAUCAUAUUUUAAUUGAUGUCGAACAAGAAGAAAAGCCACAACUUUCAAAAGAAACCAUUGACCCGAUCCAGUUAUCUGUAUUUGGUCACAGGUUCAUGUCCGUUGCAGAACAAAUGGGUAGAACAUUGCAACAAACAGCUAUUUCUACAAACAUUAAAGAAAGAUUGGAUUUUUCAUGUGCUAUUUUUGAUAAGAAUGGUUCUUUGGUUGCUAAUGCGCCACAUAUACCAAUUCACUUGGGUUCUAUGUCUUAUGCAGUGAAAGCACAGAUUGAUUUGUGGGAAGGAAAAUUGCAACCAGGUGAUGUAUUGGUUUCAAAUCAUCCUAUUGCUGGUGGAUCCCAUUUACCAGAUAUAACUGUUAUUACACCUGUAUUGGAUGAGAAUAAUAAUCCAAUUUUUUGGACAGCAUCGAGGGGACAUCAUGCAGACAUUGGAUCCAUUGCUGCUGGAUCGAUGCCACCUAAUUCAAAGACAAUAUAUGAUGAAGGAGCUGCGAUUGUCACGCAUAAAUUGUGCUCCAAAGGUGUUUUUGACGAGCAAGGCAUUACAAAACUUUUACUCGAAGAGCCAGCUAAAUAUCCUGGUGGGUCUGGAACUAGAGCGUUAAGUGAUAAUUUGUCUGAUCUUAAAGCCCAAGUUGCUGCCAAUUAUAAAGGUAUCAAUUUAUUGAAACGAUUAGUCGACGAGUUUACAUUUGAUGUCAUUGAUCUUUAUAUGGAAGGUAUUCAAGCGACUGCAGAAAUAGCUGUCAGAAAUUUAUUAAAAUUAGCAUUUAAGAAAUUUGGUGGAGCCUCUAUGAAAGAUGUUGAAUAUCUUGAUGAUGGUACUGCUAUCGCUCUUACUGUGACGAUUGAUUCAGAAUCUGGAUCUGCAGUGUUUGAUUUUAGUGAAUCGGGAGAUGAAAUUUAUGGUAAUUUGAAUGCACCAAGCGCAAUUUUGUACUCUGCUGUGUUGUAUGUGUUGAGAUGUUUAAUUAGUACUGAUAUCCCAUUGAACAGUGGAUGUUUGAGACCUAUAAUAUUCAAGACUAGAGAAGGGUCGAUUGUGUCUCCUUCUCCUGAUGCAGCUGUUGUUGGUGGUAAUGUUGAAACAACACAAAGAAUAGUUGAUGUGAUGUUGAAAACCUUUCAAGCGGCAGCUGGUUCACAGGGUACUUGUAAUAAUUUCACUUUUGGUACAAAUGACAAACAAAAUGGUGUAUCAUUUGGUUACUAUGAAACUAUCUGUGGUGGUUCUGGGGCUGGUCCAACUUGGGAUGGUCAGUCUGCAGUUCAAUGUCACACGACUAAUACUAGAAUGACUGAUACAGAAUUAUUUGAAAAGAGAUAUCCAGUUUUAGUGAAGGAAUAUUCUGUUAGAGAAGGAUCUGGUGGUGAUGGUCUUCACAAAGGAGGUGAUGGAGUUAUCAGAGACAUUGAGUUCUUGUACCCAUUGGAAGUCUCCUGUUUGAUGGAAAGAAGAUCGUUACCACCAUAUGGUUUAGGUGGAGGGGAAGACGGUUCUCGUGGAGUCAAUUAUUGGUACAAGAAACUGGAUAAUGGUGAAUAUCAUAAGAAAUCAUUAGGAGGUAAAUGUACUGUUAGAGUUGGAAAGGGAGAUAGAAUUGUGAUUAUGACCCCAGGUGGUGGUGGAUUUGGCGUUAUUGAUCAUGAAGUAAAUUAUCCAAUUAAGAGUUUGCAUCCAAGUGUUUUAACUGGAUCUGUUGGUCUUAGAACAAUUACUCAAGAAACGAACUAA